AGUUAUAUUCACAUCCAGGGGAGCGUUUCAUGAAAGGAUUUCAUCCGACAAGUCCUGUUUUAUCCGACAGUUACCAUAGCAACAGUACCUCUCAGCCAAUCAGAAUCGGGGAAAGUUGUCAGUUCUGACAACUUGUCGGACAUAAAUGUUGAUGAAACACUCCCCAGGGCACCCAUUAUAGGACUUUGACAGCGAAUAAAGGCGUACCAUGCAUGGUGACUUGCUCCACACAAUUUCCUACGUCAAAUCUUCAUCCUGCCCGCGAUCAGUCGAAGGAACUCAACGGAAAGAAAUUUUUGAGAUUCGUUGUUCGGGACAGCAUUUCUUUGGAUGAUUCGCCAAUACCGCUAGCCGCCUUACGAAUUAGAAAGUUGCCCACUAUAUGGAGAUUCGUAAGACUCAUCAUCGAUAAAUAUUUGUAAGUCUAACUCAUUUGCGUGCAGACCUGUAUCCGGAAUGACUUUCUGCAGAGACCUUUUAUCUAGGAUCAGUCAAAGGAAACCGCUUGGUAGCGACAAGGAGCUCUUUGAGACGCCUUUGAGACGGUCCCUGAACACCUUUCAGCUCUGUAUCAUGGGCAUGGGAGCCAUGUUUGGUUCUGGUCUCUACGUCCUCACCGGCGUCGAGGUGAAAGAAGUCACCGGACCUGCCAUCAUAAUAUCCUACGCAAUAGCUUUGGUUGCUGCCAUGCUGUCCGCAAUCUGCUACGUGGAGUUUGCUUGCAGAAUCCCAAGGACAGGGUCGGCGUACACUUUCGCUUACAUCUCUCUUGGAGAACUGUGGGCUUUUGUUAUAGGGUGGGACUUGAUUCUUGAGUACGUUAUCACCGCUGCAGCGUUGGCCUCAUCUAUCACAGGAUACCUGGACAACUUGACUGGGUAUGCCUUCAGAAACUUCACCGUAAACGUCUUGAUGGAGGGUCAAACGUGGGAUAUUCCAUAUCUUGCACCUUAUCCUAAUAUAUUCGCUUGCGUUGCGGUUGUUCUGGUGGCUAUCGUAAUUAUAACUGGAGCGAAGAUAUCUUCAUGGGUCACAACAGUUUGCAUGACUAUCAACAUUGGUGUCAUUGCCGUGAUAGUUGUAACGGGUUUCGCUAAAGCCGAUAUCAACAACUGGGAGGACAAUGGUGGUUUUGUGCCAAAUGGAACUUCCAGCAUCAUAGCAGGAGCAGCCACGCUCUUUUUUUCCUUCGUCGGGUUCGAUGCCAUAGCAAUGGCAAACGAAGAGACCAUGAAUCCACGGAAAAGUAUUCCAAGGGCUACAUUCUUAGCUAUCCUUGUCACCGGCACCUGCUACAUUCUUGCGUCAGCUGUCCUAACCCUAUUGGUGCCCUAUACAGAAUUGGACGAACAGUCGGCAUUCGCCAGCGCCUUUCAAGCCCGUGGGAUAGAGUGGGCGAGGUGGCUAGUAAGUGUAGGUGCAAUUUGCGCCAUGUUUUCAGCCCUAGCCAUGAAUCUCUACUGCAUCCCUAGAACUUUAUACGCCAUUUCUUCGGACGGGCUGCUCUUCAGUUGCUUGAGCAUUAUCAACAGCUACACGCACGUCCCCGUGUAUGCCACUCUUCUUGCAAUGUUUUUUGCCACCAUACCGGCAACUUUUGUUCCUCUCGUAGAACUAGUGGAGUUUAUCUCAAUUGGAGUGUUAGUAGGGUAUGCCUUCGUAGCAGGUGCAAUCAUCUUUCUCCGAUACGGACCAGAAGACUUGAGGGCAAGUACCAUGGAUGGGGUGGAAUUGUCAUCCCUAGGACAAGCUCCAACCAAUAGCAACAGCGGACCAGCCAAUGAUAGCACCGCUCUCCUGGACACCACGUCCAUACAAACUCCUGGAACUCUGAAGCAUCAGUUUCGUUCAACCCCUCUACUACGCGAGCUCCUACGAUUCGAGUCAGGGGUAGCUGUUAAGGCCAGUCUACUCUUCUCGAUUCUAUUUCUGUUUGGUAGCAUUGCCGUAAUAGAACAUGCUUCCCUGGAGAUUGCAAAAGGAGAAUGGUGGGCGAUUAUUUUACUCCUCCUUUUUGGCGUAUGUGCACUCGGGACUUUCCUCAUCAUCACGCUUCACUAUCAGAAUGAAGAUACAAAACAGUACUACAGGGUUCCUCUGGUCCCUUGGUUGCCGUGGCUCAGUAUUGUGUGCAAUGUUGUUCUCAUGCUCAAACUCAGAAAGGUCACUUGGCUUCGGUAUCUGGUCUGGCUCGUAGCUGGAUUGACCAUCUACGCGUCCUACGGCUACCGUCACAGCAAAGUUGGGAUGGAUCGUCAGCAAAAUGAACCCUCGGGAGAGAGUUGUACUGAUGAGGUUCAUGCCGACAAUAGCGCCACCUAUGGUAGUACUGAGCAAAAUGACGAACGCUGACAACGUUUGUGAGACAGGAGAAGUUCCCGAACGACAGGAAAACUUUACGAUUGGUCGAGAUUUCAACCCGCUUUCCAAGUUAUACAGCAGUGUGCCUAGCUAUGGCCUAUCGACGUCCUUUGGGAAGGUAUUAUAUGGGGAAGUUCACCCUGACCAAAAGUUUAUUGUAGAAAUAGGAGAAAAAUAAUAAUAAUAAAUAGUGGUCAAGGUUUGAGGAAAAUCCAUCAAAGAUUAAAAGUGUCAUAAUUCUAAUUUCUUCAUUUGUGAUGGCACACGCGAGCAGGUUCACAGUCACGUAUCGUGAUUUUUUAAAAUCAUUUAUAUAUAAUUUUCUCGAAAGAAAUGAGAAUGGUUUCUAAUGGUUUUUUAACUUAUUUCAAAAUCAAAUUCAUUUUUUUACAUCUAAUAAAGAAGAAGAUACAAUACAUCGAGACGAAAUCAAUUCCAUAAUAAAGGAAAAAAAAACAAUUUCGAUUGUAAAAGAAAAUCGACAAAAAAACAAUAGGUAAUGAACGGGAUUUGAGGGAGUAGAAAAAAAGCGUUGGCCUAUCAUGGCUACUCCUUUCUUUAUAAUUAUUACUAAUAUUACAAGAAAAUCCAAUUAUUUGGAUUGUAAGAAUCAUAAAAAUUUCAAAUUCAACCAAUUCAGCAAAGAAGUAAAGAAUUUGAAUAAACAAAAUAAAAAAUAUCAUAAAACAUACAACAUGCAAGCUUAUUCAUCGAGAAACUUGAGAAGGGUCAUUUUUCCAAAUGUAUGAUUUAAAUUGUAUUUGAAAUAAG